AAAUGGGAGAUAGAUACAACAUCCACAGUCAACUUGAGCAUCUGCAGAGCAAGUACAUCGGCACGGGUCACAGUGACACCACAAAAUAUGAGUGGCUCACGAAUCAACACCGAGAUUCUCUGGCCAGCUAUAUGGGUCACUACGAUCUGCUGAGCUACUUUGCCAUCGCGGAGAAUGAGUCCAAGGCCCGAGUGAGAUUUAAUCUUAUGGAGAGGAUGCUGCAACCAUGCGGCGCUGUUCCAGAGCCAGACAAACAUGAGGAUUAA